AUGGAAAGAGCACAGAGAGAUGGCAGUCUGUCUUUUCUCAACGGACCCCCGACCGGAACUGUUGGUAUCCAUUAUGGUACCACCGGACGAAGGGAUCCCAUUGUCUCAUUGCCUCUUGGACCUGGACACCCAUAUAUCACGUGCUCAGACACAAGAAUUGUCAUCCGACAAGUUGAGCAUGUGCGUGUUAUGGGUACAACGUCGGCUCUUCACCGAAAAGACCAAGAGGUGUUGUACGCAGACAUGCAUCAAUCUUAUCCAGACAAGGUACGUGAGAUUUCAAUUGAAGGGCCAACCUAUGGUAUCAUGAAACUCGCCGACCUAACAUGGACUGAAUUUUAUUCGAGACCAGACCAGACGGUUUCGAAACGCCCGAGUUCUGUGGUGAAAUUCAUACAGCCGAGUAAGAAGGUUGUACCCAAUACGAACGUACCAGGUAAUGGUCGAGACUCUUAUACGGGAACGAAGAAUAAUAAAGGGAACAAAGGUGGAGGCAGAGGUGGCCAGAAGAACAAGCAUGUACAAGGUACUGAUGGUCACAAGAACCAUGCCAAUACUUGCGGGACCUUGGGCAACAAAUCUAUUCAGGCAGCCGAACCUCCUAAGCCAAAAUAUAAGGAGACCAAGGACUGUGCUGAGGCCGAUUGCAGCUGGCGCAUGACCCAACGUGAGCUGAAUGAACGCUGGAAUGGCACGCAUGCAGAGAAAUGUAAACAUUUUAUUGCGAAGUGUGCAGACUGCGCAGGGACUUGA